AGAUUUUGCAGGAAUUAGAAUCUUGGAAGUAACUCAAGAAUAGACUGUAUGACAAAAAAAAAACCCAUUGACUGAUAUUUCCUGUCAAUUUGGGUGCCCUGUGGCAGAAACUUAUGAGAAACAUGGCGUCUGUUGAACUCUCACAGUUGUACGUUCCCGCGGCGAAUUAUUGCCUGCAGAUGAUGAACUCACUCAACGAGUUCCGGAAACACAACAUAUUAUGUGAAGUGGUAAUUGUGGUGAAUGGAAAACAGUUUUAUGCUCACCGGAACGUUCUAGCCGCGAGCAGCCCUUAUUUCCGUGCGAUGUUUUCGAGUAACAUGAAGGAACACUUGGAAAAUAAACCUGUUAUCCUGGAGAACAUAACAGCGGAAAUUAUGGAAGAAUUGUUAAACUUUAUUUAUACAGGAAACAUCAAGAUUACUCCUUUCAACGUAAAGGACUUUGUUUCCGCUUCGAAUUACCUCCUAAUGACCAGUUUGAAAGAAACUUGUGUAUCAUUUAUGAAAUCUAUGCUAAACCCCUCUAAUUGUCUUGGAAUAGAAGCUGCUGCUUUUAAAUUUGAUUGUUCGGCUCUUAGAAACACGGCCAAUCAAUAUGUCUACGACAAUUUUGUCGCUGUGUCGCAAACAGAUGAGUUUAAAUUGUUGUCUGCCGAACGUUUGAUGGAGUGUUUGGCUAGUGAUGACAUAAGGGUUGAACGGGAAGAGCAGGUAUUUGAGGCCCUUAUGGAGUGGAUGAAUUAUGACGUGGAAGCACGGCGUGGCUAUCUCAAACAGCUUGCACAACACAUCCGCUUCCCUCUUAUGUCGCCUUAUUAUCUUGCAGACCAUGUUGAAACUGAAGACAUUGUGCUUUCAUCUCCAGAAUGUACAUCUCUUUUACUGGAAGCAAAGAAUUAUCACAUGUUGCCUGAUCGAAGGCACUUGAUCAAAGGUUCUAGAACGAAGCCUAGGCGAUCAAUGGGUGUGAUCUCAGUUAUAUUUGCUGCUGGAGGUAUUCAGGGGUCCUCGGUCACCAGAGACGCUUCUGGAUUCUUUCCCACUGUAAACAGGUGGAGCCCAUUAGCAAGCAUGUUGAUAGCAAGGUGUCGUCAUGGGUUAGCAGUCACCGGUGACAUGGUGUAUGCAGUUGGUGGGCAGUCAAGAGAGGGUAGGCAUUAAAACCUUUUCCUGAAGUAGUCCAGGGGUUGGGAAAAAACUUGAAUUUGAAUUUGCUGCCCUGGGGCAUUGCCUAUUGAUCUUUUGUUUGAGUGUCAGUGUGGCAUGCAAGUACUACAUUGACACUCAAACAAAAGAUCAAUGUCUCAUGUCUUAUGUCUCACACUUGGAGACAGGACCACUAUUUCUAUGUGGUCAUUUGAGUCAUGCCAAGGUCUAGUCUUUUGUAGGGCAAAGGCAGUACUUCUUCCUCUGUUAUUGUUAGAGCCUCAGUAUCACUCUGGUGCCAGGAGUCAAACCUGUGACCUCCUGGUCCACAGGCCAGUGCUCUAACAUCUGAGAUAGUCUUGCUCUUUAGUUAAUGAUUUACCUGCAUGACUUGGCUGGACACCUUGCAAGUCAGCUUUAAAAGUUACUUGCCCGGCAAGAAAAUCUACCAGUCCCUUUAAAGUGGUGCCUCAGAACCCAUAUUCAUAGAUUAGGUUAGGUACAUGCUCUUUGAUAAAUGGCCCAAGUUUAUCUUCUUCCAGGAGCAGCCCAGAGUUCGUUGGUUUCAGUGGAGAGGUAUGACCCCAGAACUAACACAUGGACAAUGGUCGCACCAAUGAAUGUUAGACGCAGCUUGCUUAAUGUUGCAGUUCUCGAUGGUGAGAAAAUUAAUCAUAUGGACAUUUAUAAUAUUAUUAUUAUUUUCUAAGUACAGUGUAUUGAUUUUAGCCUAACAUUAAGUUCGUUUUCAUGCUGCUUUGCAGAAGUUGCUGCUUCAGCUUUUUUCAUCCUAUUUUCCUGUGAUUAAUAAAAAAAUGUGAAGACUGGAUGAAGUGCUUGGUCCCCACUGCUUGUUUUAAGAGCCAAAAUGGAUUAACUGAUGUAGUUGUAUACUCUAAAACCCUUUGAGUCCCAAUAUUCACAUACAAAUUCUCCAUACUGAUCUCCAUACAUUUCUUUGAAAACUAGUUGAGAGAAUUUCUUUAAAGACCAAAUUCUGAUUACCUUUUCUUUUGAUUAAGCAUUGAAGUUGUUAGGAGAAAAUUGAUAUCAGCCACUUGUGGGACUUAAAAGGGUUAACAGGGGUCCUCCCAGUUUACAGAGAUGUUAAGAUGUUUGUCAUAGAGAAAUGUCUUUCCAGCUGCAAGAGGUGUCUGCCUUUGGGUUCCAAUUUACAGACAUUUUAACAAGGUUGUCAUAGAGGUGUUUCAAACUGUGGAGAUGUCUGCCUUUAGGAGAUAACUGUCUGUCAAGAAAGAACUGGCUUAAUCUAUCUUUAUUAUUUUUUAUACAGGAAAUAUGUAUGCAGUGGGAGGAUGCGAUGAAAAUAACUUCCGUUUAAACAGUGUUGAACGUUACAAUCCUGCUACAAACACAUGGUCAUUUACAGCACCCAUGACCACUUGCCGCAGCAGCCCAUGCGUGCUGACAUGUCGUGCGCUGUAUGUUAUUGGUGGAGUUAGUUAUGUUGGCAUGUCACUCAAUACUGGGGAAUACCUUGACCUUGCGACAGGCACUUGGGUAUCUAUUGCACCAAUGCAUGACAAGCGAGCUAGUGCUUCAGGAGCAGCUACAAAUGGAAAAAUUUAUGUAAUUGGUAGGCUACCAAUCCAAGUUAAAUGCCUCUGUUAAUUGUUUCUAAAAAUGGUACUGAUAAUCACAGAACUAUUAAUAUUGGCCCCAUUGUGCCCGGCGCCCGGUUAGCUCAGUAGGGAGAGCGCCGGUCUGGUGAGCGGGAGGCCGUAGGUUCAAACCCCGGCCGGACCAACACUCAGGGUCUUUAAAUAACUGAGGAGAAAGUGCUGCCUUUGUAAUAACAUUUGCAAACAGUUAGACUUUCUAGUCUGCUCGGAUAAGGACGAUAAACCGUAGGCCCCGUCCCACAAAUCCUUGCACAUAUAAUAAAUCUGUGGGAUGUUAAAGAACCCACACACUCUUCGUAAAGAGUAGGGCACAUAGUGCCCGAUGUAGUGGUCUAUCUCACUUUCACACUCAUGUAUGGGGGCAUCAUCACUCAUUCCUUCAGUACUUGUAAACUGCACCUUAAGCAGUCUGGCAAAGUCCCCCAACCAGUUUUUUUAAUUAUCCCUGAAAAGCCCUGUGGGGAGUGGAUAAUAAGAUAUUUACAAUUUACAAUUGUGGUGAUGCUUGCUAUCAACUGCUUAAAUUAAUGAUUUUCCUGAAAGGAACAGCCUCCUCUCCCCCCCCCCCCCCCCCCCCCCCACCCCCAAAACACCCCCUUCCCAACACAACACAACCACACCAAUAAUUACCUCCCCUCUCAACAACACAAGAAAAACUUCCUUCCUAUACAAUAUAACAAAUGCACAUAAAUACUACUUUGACUCUAUUAACCCCCCCCCCCCCCCCCCCCCCCCCCCCCCCCCCCAUUUAAAAAUAUCUGCAUUCACAAUUAAAUGCAGUCAUCCCAUUAUUUAUAUCCCUUAGAGAAACUGGCAGAGAUCCUGAUUUCUAAUACUAAGUCAGAGGUGGCAAUAAAUUGUGCUUUGUUAAUUUAUUAUUAUUUACAUUAAUCUGUCUUAGACAAGCAAUUAGGAACAAGCAAUAGGUAUAUUUUAACAAAACAACAACUUCACAUGGGCAUCACGCUUUCUUGUAUAUUUCUUAGCCAUGGUUGCACUACUGCGACAUGAAACUUCUUAAGUUCAUGCUUCCUCUUCAUGGAGUAUGUGAACACAAAAAUGUUUUUUUUUUCUUUUUCUAAACUUAGAUGAUCCCUCUGGAUUCAACCCCAGAAAAUUUCGCCAACAUUUGACAAAUUAAAUGAAAUUAAAUAAGAUCGAUGAAGUUUGAAACUGUGCAAAUUCACCAUUGAGUAACGUUUUCGGUUUGUUGUCAUCCAGAAAUUUUGCUACCAUGGCAACAUGACGUUAUGGCUCUUCCUCUCUAUUAGCAGUAGAAACAAUUCUCUCAAGAGUUCUUUUUUCAUAUAUUUGCUUCCAAGGGGGCUGGGAUGGCUCAGUUCAUCUGAACAGCGGUGAAGUGUACGAACCAGAGAUUGAUCAGUGGUCCUUUAUUGCACCUGCAAGUACAGCAAGAUGGGAUGCUGGGAUAUCUGUAGAGAGUGACAAAAUCUACAUCGUCGGGGGAUGUGACAGGAAUGCACUUUGCACCUUGGAAACAGAGUGCUAUGACCCUGAGAAAAACAAGUGGAGCAAGGUUGCUUCAUUGCCAGUAGCAACACAUGGCCUCAAGUGUUGUACCAUUCAGCUGCCGCAUAAGUUUUCUAAGUAGUCUUUAAUGAGGCUCCCCAAUCAGGGUUUUCAGUCCUGUCAUCCUGCUGAAAUUUCCCCUCAUUCUCAUAAUCUUGAUGGGAGUAACUGGAUAGUCCCAAUCAUGAAUGUGUGAUCUAAAAAGUGCCUCAAAGGGGUUCAGCAUUUCCUUGCUUUAUAGGGGUACCAUUGGCAGAUAGUGGGAUAAAACACAAUGGUACAGUCAAAUAGGCACGUGACAACUUUGGAAAAAUGUGGGCAUUAAGUCAGAAUAUAUCCAGUUUAUAGAUACAAUCUGGACUCUCAUUGGUCGUUUCCUCUAAAAUCUUGAGUCCCAGCCUAUGAAAAAGCCAAAUCCUGGCUCCUGAAGAACUUAUUGCAGGCCCUCUUUGUUGGCUUCUACCUUCUGUCUUACCUUAGGUUAACUUAAGUCUUCUAAUGCUUAUACCGGUAAUAUUAGGAACGUAAUCAGCAGAAAAUUCUUAUCGAGGCAAUAUCACAAAAAAAUAUUAAUAUUUUUGUAGUGUUCCCCGUCCUAGGGUAAACUUUCAACAAGGCACUAAGAAACUUUAAAUCUUUAGUGAGACAGCUUUUCGUACUGGCUAUGAGCCAGAACAUUCAUCUCUGAAGGCACAAGAUGUUUUUGAAAAAAUUGCACGGCAAUGAACAGCAAAUUGACUGUCCUCAUCUCAACUAGAGGACGACCAUGGAUUUACGAGAAAAAGAACAAUAUCUGCAUUUCUGGCAACAGAUAAAAGUCUUUUAUUUUCUUUGCGUCAGCCAACACUUGGCUGUUUUAAAGCUUAUUUUUACUUUGUUAGUGAGUAGUGGGGGAUACUCCGCCCUUCUUGAAAACCAAACUCAUACCUAAAUAUGUCCUAUGUUAAGCUAACGUAGCUAACUUUAACGUGAUUUUAGAAUUUGGGGGAACAAGUAAGCAUUGUGCCAAAGUUAUUUGGCAGCACAUACCACUACUCACACGUCAACAGUGCAGGAACAUGUGAUGUAAGUCCUGCCGGUUUUUGUUGCUGUUGUCGCUUGUCGAAUUUUAUCUUCUAACACAAGAUUGAUAGUUAUUGGUUGGUAACUGGGCCUUGUGCUUUUCAACACUUUCUUUAUUCAGAGGAGACA